CAGACUAAGUACAGUGUUACGCAACUCUUUCAUCCACACACUCCUCGCAUUGCUGCAGCAUGUGCAUAUUGAGUUCUUGGUUGAAGCAGCUCCCUUCUUCCUUGAUUUUGAACGCGGAUUGAGCUCUGCAUUUCUACAUCAAGGCGGCAAGUCAGCACUUGGAAGUAUUUUGUGGCUGCAUUCAAACGAGAAAGCAAAUACCUCAUUAAAAUGGCGCUCAAGAUGGUUGCAACCGAGCUGGUUGGCGCUCUCCGUAUGAGGUGCCAGCCUGGCGCCGCUUCUUCUCUGCUGUUCUUUCUGAGGCCGUUCUCAACAGCCCCUCAAGGUACAAAGUACCUUACAUCGCACGAGUGGGUGAACGUUCAGGACGGUGUGGGGACGGUGGGGAUCAGCGACUUUGCUCAGAAUGAAUUGGGGGACGUGGUGUUUGUUGAGCUGCCCGAGGUUGGGGCGACUGUCACAAAGGGGGAGACCUUUGGGGUUGUGGAGAGUGUGAAGGCGGCCAGCGAUGUGUACAGCCCUGUUACGGGGGAGGUGGUAGAGAGGAACGAUUCUUUGACGGAGACACCUGCUCUGGUAAACAAGGGCCCAUUCGACGACGGGUGGAUGCUGAAGGUGAAGUUGAGCAACCCCAGCGACGUGGAGGAUCUUCUUGAUGCCUCUGCUUACGAGAAGCAUUGCGAGGACUCCACCCAUUAGUCAAGUGAAAAGUGCACCAGUCCUCAUAGUCCUCAUGGUUUAGCUGGUUCUUACAUUCUUCUUGUUAACGGAGGCCGGUCCGCUUAAAGCCGAUGGUGUUCAUAUUAAACGAGUUGCUGCCACGGUUCUCCUCGUCUGUCUGCAAUCGCCUCGGGCUGAAAAGGCCUUUAAUUCAAGGUUUUGCGUGCAGUAGGGUCACACGUCUCGAACCCAUUAGUACCAUGCACGAGGUAUAACGACACACGUCCACAGGGAGAUGGCAUGGAAGAUGUAGUUGCCGAGAUAUAUGUGAAUUGCGUAGGAUUUGCCAACGAAUAAUCAUCAUUUGGUGAAGUUCCAGCAGAAAACAGCUGCAUUUGGGCGGCAGGCUCGGAGCCGGCCCCAUGGCAUUAAGUUGCUACCGU